AUGUCUUCCAGCAACGGUGACGCGCAACCGGUAAAGCUGUCAUUACCUUUAAAAUAUCAGCAGGAGCUAUUUCAAGAGCUUCGCCAAAAAGAUGAGCUGGUCAUCAUUGCCAGUGGCCUCGGACUGCCUCGGAUCGUCACGAACCUACUUCACUCCUACGAUGCGGCUGGAAACAAUCUCAUAUUGCUAGUUGGCGCAGAUGAUCGAGAAAAUGGCUGGAUUGGAGAGGCGUUGGCUGAACAUGCGGCAAUCAGCAUGUCACCUCGCGCGCGCGGAUUGAGCGUGGUCAAUACGGAUAUGAUGAGUGUUGGAACCAGAGAAAAACUCUAUGCGCAGGGUGGGAUAUUCAGCAUCACAUCGAGGAUUCUGGUAGUCGAUUUAUUGACCAACCUGUUGAACCCCGAAACAAUUACUGGCAUGAUUGUGUUACAUGCAGAUAAAGUAGUGGCGACAUCAUUGGAGGCAUUCAUUUUGCGCAUUUACAGACAGAAGAAUAAGAACGGAUUUCUUAAAGCUUUCUCAGAUGCCCCAGAACCCUUUACCACUGGGUUUGCGCCACUUACAUCCAUGAUGAGAAAUCUUUUCCUUCGACAAGUAGCUCUAUGGCCGCGAUUCCAGGUUAGCGUAGCGCAUUCUUUAGAAGGCAAGAAGAAGGCAGAGGUUAUUGAGUUGGAAAUUCCAAUGUCUAAUUCAAUGCAAGAUAUCCAACGGGCGAUUCUGGAAUGCGUCGAAGUUAGUAUUAGCGAGCUGAAGAAGAGCAAUACUGGCCUAGAAAUGGGAGACUGGAACGUCGAUGGUGCUCUACAUAAGCAAUUCGAUAUGAUCGUCCGGAGGCAGUUGGAUCCUGUGUGGCAUAGACUUAGUUGGAAAACUAAGCAAAUUGUGCACGAUUUGACGGUAUUAAGAAGCAUGCUCCGUCAUCUGGUGACAUAUGAUGCUGUUUCUUUUAACAAGCAUCUCGACACCAUUCUAGCAGCGCAUUCUCCUCCUCCUGGGUCCACAAAACAGAAUCAGUCACCAUGGUUAUUCCUCGACGCUGCUCAUACCAUAUUCGACACUGCCAAGAGAAGAGUAUAUACAGGCAAGGCAACGAAAAACGCCAGCCAGGACAUUGACUCUCUGAAGCCAGUGCUGGAAGAACAGCCGAAGUGGGCCGUUUUAGCAGAAGUAAUGGAUGAAAUUGAUCGAGAUUUAUAUUUCAGCCCGCAGUUACGAGAUGAUUCAAAUGGAACUAUUCUCAUCAUGUGUUCUGACACCGGGCAGUGUCGCCAACUACGUGAAUAUCUCCAGAACAUGAAUGUUCAUCCUGAAGAAGGAGUUAUAGAUGUGGAGAAGGAGAAGGAGGAAAGCGAUGACACUGAUGAGAAAGAGCCAUCCGCCGCUUUCAUGAUGAGGAGGAAAUUACGAGAGUACCUCCAAUGGAAAGAAGAGUUCAAGUUGAUAAGUGCUGCAUUGUUUGCAGAAACUCAGAACGCUCAAAAUGGUAACAACACCGGUGUGAAAGGUGGACCUGGCUCGUUCAGAGGUAAAGCUCCUCCUAACAAAAGGAGACGAGUUAGGGGAGGUGGAUCUGUUGGUGUCGCCCCAACCAGAGGUACGCAUGGAAAUGUUCUUGCAGCAGAAGAUAAGCCUUCGGAAGUUGCUAGUCUUCUGUCAGACAUUCAGCCUACGGAAGUAGAAGCUACAAUGAAAGAUGAGAUAGUUGCAGAUCCAUUGGAAGAUAUGGAAGACUAUUACCAACUUUACGAUACCAAAGACCUAGUUGUCAUCCAUGCCUUUGAUGGUGAUAUGGACGAGCACAUUCUCGAAGAGGUCAAACCCAAGUACAUAAUCAUGUACGAACCCGACGUUGCUUUUGUUCGAAGAAUAGAGGUCUACCGAUCCUCCCACAAUGACCGUAAUGUCAGAGUAUACUUCCUCUCCUACAAAGACUCGGUCGAAGAACAACGCUAUUUAUCCUCCGUCCGUCGCGAAAAAGACGCCUUUACGAAACUUAUAAAAGAAAAGUCCUCUAUGGCCCUAACCAUCACAACUGAUGCACACGGUAUUGAAGACCCCCAGGAAGCCUUCCUGCGCACAAUCAACACACGUAUAGCUGGAGGAGGUCGUCUAGCCGCAACAGCACAACCACCUCGUGUCGUUGUCGACGUCCGCGAAUUCCGCUCCUCGCUCCCUUCCCUCCUCCACGGCCGCAACCUCAUAAUCGUCCCCUGCAUGCUCACAGUCGGCGAUUACAUCCUAUCUCCAUCCAUCUGUAUCGAGCGCAAAAGCAUCAAAGAUCUGAUCUCCUCAUUCAAAGACGGACGUCUCUACAACCAAGCAGAGACCAUGUUCCAACACUACAAAUCCCCCAUGCUCCUCAUCGAAUUCGACCAAAACAAAUCAUUCACCCUCGAACCUUUUGCCGACCUCUCCGGCUCCCUCUCAUCCACCUCCUCCACCCCCAACGCAUCCUCAGACCUCCAAUCCAAACUCGUCCUCCUCACCCUCGCCUUUCCCAACCUCCGCAUCAUCUGGUCCUCGUCCCCGUACCAGACCGCCGAGAUCUUUGAAUCUCUGAAAACGCAAGAGCCGGAACCGGAUCCUAUCGCUGCUGUGCGCAUCGGGCUAGAUGGGGAGGAGCGGGAAGGCGAUCAGGUUUUCAACCGGGAGCCCCAGGAUAUGUUGAGGGUUGUGCCAGGGGUCACGGGGACGAAUGUUGGACGACUUGUCAGGGGUGCCGGGAGUUUGAAGGAGGUUGCUAAUGCGGAGGUGGAGGAGUUGGAGCCGAUGAUUGGGAGGGAGGCUGGGAGGAAGGUUUGGGCGUUUUUUAAUAAAAGUGUUGUUGAGUAG